GCCGCCGCUUUAGAAUGGGGUCGGAAAACCCGAGUCCGCCGAACCCCAGCUGCAAGAUUAUGACCUUUCGUCCCACCCUCGAGGAGUUUCGAGACUUUGGAAAAUACAUUGCCUACAUGGAGUCGCAAGGAGCUCACCGGGCAGGGCUUGCCAAGGUGAUUCCUCCCAAGGAAUGGAAGCCACGAAAAACCUAUGAUGACAUAGAUGACAUGGUUAUCCCAGCACCUAUUCAGCAGGUGGUUACUGGGCAGUCGGGGUUAUUCACCCAGUACAAUAUUCAGAAGAAACCCAUGACUGUGGGAGAAUACCGACGUCUGGCUAAUAGCGAGAAGUACUGUACUCCACGCCAUCAAGAUUUUGAAGACUUGGAGCGCAAGUACUGGAAGAACCUGACAUUUGUCUCACCAAUUUAUGGAGCCGAUAUCAGUGGCUCACUGUAUGAUUCAGAUGUGGAAGAGUGGAAUAUUGGCAACCUGAACACUCUCCUAGACAUGGUUGAACACGAGUGUGGCAUUAUCAUAGAAGGUGUAAACACUCCCUACCUCUACUUUGGGAUGUGGAAGACAACCUUUGCUUGGCAUACAGAGGACAUGGAUCUCUACAGUAUCAACUACUUGCAUUUUGGGGAGCCAAAAUCUUGGUAA